AUGUAAGUAUCUAAAAUAGGAGUAAUAUCUGCAUCCCUAGCUUUAGUUAGUGGAAUAAUUAUUACAUUUAGUCUUUAGGCUCUGCCUCUAAUGUCUGAUCUUUGGUCUUACUUUUAUAUUUUCGUAAUUCUUCUUAUUAUAAAUGGAAUAGUAUUCGCCUAUCUUUUAGACACUGAUAAUAAUGUAUUUGCUCUCAUAGCAAAGAGCACAGCUCAUGGCUUAUUUUUUAUUGGAGGCAUAGUAAUAUUUCUUUGUAUGUACUUUGUCAUAUUUUAUCCUCUUUAAUCUAUGACAUUUGAAUCAUUUAACGAUUGCUCAAUUUCAGGAAAGCUUACAAAAAAUCUUUAAGGUAGUGAAGCAUAUUCGAUUUUGUAUGUUAACUUUAAAUAUAAAGACUAAAAUAUGCUUGGAUAUGCUUGUUAAUCAAAUCAAAAUACAAAUUAGCUUGGAGAUGAACCAUAUCCAUACAAAUUUAUCACAAACGGAACCUAUUAUAAUUGUGAAAAACCAGUAAGAGAUUAAAGCAGCUACGAUGUUGCUCCUCGAGCAAUUGCAUUUAAUAAAAGAUAAAGGGUAAUUACGAACACUUAAGUUAACUACUAUCGUAGUAGGUCAUCAGUAAAUAGUGGAAAACUUAAAGGAUGUCAGCCUUAUAAUUUUAGCUAAGUAAAAAUACCAAGUUGGGCAUGUUUAGAUUUUAAUUUGAGUUAUGAAAAACUCACUUAAUCCUAGAAAUGCUAUGUAAACUUUUAUGAAAACGAAGACAAAGCUAAAGAAAAUUCCUAAGCUAGGAUGGAUUUAAGAGGUGUUAACAAUUUUGCAUUUGUUUCAUUUUCAUAUCCUCUAAAUUACGAUAAGGAUGGGUUUAGCUAUAUAAUUAUUUUUGCUUAUUAUCCAUUAUUAAUAUCAUUCGAUUUUAUAUUUUAUUUAAUAUUAUUAGCGUUUAAAUAAUGA